AUAUAUAUGCACUUUAUGUAAAAACGAUAGAAAAAAAAUCGCUCACUUGUUAGUUUUAUCGCUUCGUAAGUAAACAUUGAGUGAUAAAGGGUCAACGCUCCCUUUACAAAUAUCAAAUGCAUAUAAAAUAAUUCUAACGUCGAAAAUUAUGACAGUUAUAUAGUAAGUAAAUUAUUUUAUUAUAAAAAAAAAAAAAAAAGAAAGAAAUUCACUUUGCAAUAAUCGAUUAUAACGCACCUUGUUCUUCGAAGAUGACGAUAUUAUUUAAUGAUCAAUCAUUCACAAUAAAAUCGGUGAUCAUUCGCGCGAAAAUAAUAUAUAUAUAUAUAUAUAUACGUAAAUACGUCGACGGACGAUACAAUCCUGUACGAUGUCUUCGCUCGAAAGGGAAGAAGUCGUUUAAAAAGUUAAACGACAUAAUCAUCCGUGACGCGGAUGUAAUUCAUAGUGUAACAUUGUGAGCCAACAAGAAGACGAGAAGGGUACUACCAUCAAUGCAUGUAUCUCUUAAUUGCAUGUACGACUUCUCUAAACUAAAUACAUCUACUCGUUUCCCUUGGAAAUUUACACAGAAAUACGUCUACGUUCUAUCUAUUAUCUUGCUGAUCAAAUUGUAGAUAAGAAUAUCAAAAGAGAAACAAAUAAAUAAAUAAAAAAGAAAAAGAAAAAAGAGUGUAAGAAUUUCGAAUAUUCCGCUAUGAUUUAUGGGCUUAAUCGUUAAGACGUACAAUGUAAAUCAUUUUUAUCGUCAAAUCAAAUAUUGAUAGGAUACGUUCAAUGACACAAUAUUCGUAAUUUUCUUUAAAAAAAAAAAAAAAAAAAAAAGAAAAAACAAAGAAAAAUUUUUUAAAUAUAUUAUAUGUAGAUUUGAUAUUUUAUACGCGUGUUCGCCCAUAUAAUGAGUUUUUGCAUGGUUCGAUUUUAAUCGCAUCGCGCUAUUGCGUAUGCGCAAUAAAACUUAUAUAUCAGGUUCAAAGGCACUUGCAUUGAAAUUUAAAUUUCCCGCUCGAAUGUAUUACUUCCGUUAGUUCCUAACCUAUAUCAAUGGUUUCGUUAUCGUGCAUUUAAUAUUAUUAUUUAUUAGAAAAGAAAAAUAAGAGAGCACACACAUUUCCUAUACAUUUCUUAUCGUCCCUAAGAUUUUCAUAACCUUUCAAAAUGCCGACUAUAGCCGUCAAACGAGAUUUGUUAUUUAAAGCACUUGAAAAAACAUAUUCUGAAGAAGAAUUUCAAAAUUUAUGCUUUGAGUUUGGUUUGGAAUUAGAUGAUGUGACUACAGAAAAACAGAUGAUAGCAAAGGAACAAGGUUCCGAACAAAGUAUUGGUGCAUCGGAAGAAAUUAUUUAUAAAAUUGAUAUUCCAGCUAACAGAUAUGAUUUAUUAUCUUUGGAAGGUCUAGUUACUGGAUUAUUAGUAUUCUUAAAUAAGACUAGUGUACCAUGCUAUAAUUCAAUAAAACCAACUGUACCAGAAGAAAUUGUAAUGAAGGAAGAAUGUUUAAAAGUCAGAGAACAUAUAGUUGCUGCUGUAUUACGUGAUAUUACUUUUACAAAAGAUUCUUACAACAGUUUCAUUGAUCUUCAAGACAAAUUACAUCAAAGUAUAGGACGAAAACGAAGUAUUGUAUCAAUUGGUACACAUGAUUUAGAUACUAUUAAAGGACCAUUUGUAUAUGAUGCAAAACCGCCAAGUGCUAUUCGUUUUAAACCUCUUAAUCAAACAAAAGAAUAUACUGGGGAAGAAAUAAUGGAAUUGUAUGCGCAUCAUGCACAAUUAAAACAGUAUUUACCAAUUAUAAAGGAUAGUCCUGUAUAUCCUAUAAUAUAUGAUAGUAAUGGUAUUGUUUUAUCAUUACCACCCAUAAUUAAUGGGGAUCAUACAAAAAUCACUCUCAAUACUAAAAAUGUACUUAUAGAAUGUACUGCAACUGACCUUAAUAAGGCAAAGAUUACAGUAGAUACUAUAGUUUGUGCUUUCAGUGUAUACUGUGCAAAAAAAUAUACAACAGAAACUGUAAAAGUAAUAUAUCCAGAUAAUAAAAUCUUUUAUCAUCCAGAAUUGAGCUACCGUAUGGAAGAAAUAAAUAGCGAAAAUGCAAUGAAUUAUAUUGGGAUCAAAAAAACUCCAGAAGAAAUAGCAAAGCUAUUAUCUAAAAUGUCAUUGGAAGCAACAGUAAAAGAACAAAAUAAUAUUAUCAUUAAAAUACCUCCAACGAGAAGAGAUGUUUUACAUCCAUGUGAUAUUUAUGAAGACGUAGCUAUUGCUCAUGGAUAUAAUAAUAUAGAUAAAAUAUUUCCAGAAAUAAACACAAUUGCCAUUGAGUUUCCGCUCAAUAAAUUAUCUGAUCAAUUACGCGAAGAAUUGGCACGUGCGAGUUUUACCGAAACAUUGACGUUUUCGUUGUGUUCCAGGGAUGAUAUUUCAGAAAAAAUAAAUCAUAAAAUAGAGGAUAUACCAGCUGUUCAUAUAUCCAAUCCAAAAACCUUAGAAUUUCAGGUUGCACGUACGACUCUAUUACCAGGAUUAUUGAAAACAAUAGCCGGAAAUAAGAAGAUGCCAUUACCUUUGAAAUUAUUUGAAAUUUCUGAUAUUGUUUUACUUGAUCCUACAAUGGAUGUCGGUGCACGUAAUAAAAGGCACUUAUGUGCAGUAUAUUAUAAUAAAACUGGAGGUUUUGAAAUAAUCCAUGGUUUACUUGAUAGAAUUAUGCAAGUACUUGAAGUAUCAUGGAGUACUAAUAAAACAGACACUGGAUAUUAUUUACGUGCAGCUGAUGAUCCAACUUUUUUUCCAAAAAGAUAUGCAGAAGUAAUAUAUAAUAAUAAAGUAAUUGGCAAAAUGGGGAUUUUACAUCCGGAUGUACUUACAAAAUUUGAGUUAAAUUUACCAUGUUCUACAUUAGAAAUUGACAUUGAACCAUUUCUAUGAGAUAUCAAUAAUAUACACAAAUGGUAAAUAGCAAGAGAAAGAGAAAGGAAGAGAAAAUAUAAAAAUGAUAAAAUAAUUUGAAUACCUAAUAAUUAAUAAGAAUGUUUCGUAUUUUCACUGUGAUCCGCGAUAACUUUUACUAUGAAAAAUGUUUUUUCAAAAACUUUAAUAAAAACUAAUGAGACUCUA